AUGGUGCGUCUCAAAGAUCGCUACCUGCUGGUCAACAUCAUCUACUCUGAUGUGCCAGCGGGGCAGCAAUCAAAAGGUGCAGGCGCCGUGCCCGACCUGCUCGUCUACAACCAGCCCACCACCGGAGAGCUCAGACCGCAGCUGCUGCUCAAAAGCAUCCGAGCCGAGGUGGCCGCGCUCUUCGGCGACUGCGGAGCUGGCGCCAUUGACCGCAGCCUUCAGGUGAAGUAUCUUUCUACAGCAACGUCGACAUUCAUCUUGAGAAUCUCACGGUCUCACUACCGGCUGGUCUGGGCUGCUCUCUCAUUCAUGCACCAUGUCCCGGUAAGAAACGGGAGGCCGUGCAUUUUUCGCGUGGUGCGCGUCAGUGGCACCAUCCGCAAGGUUGAAGAGGAAGCUGUGCGACGCGCCAAGCUUCUGAUCCUCGCGGCCAAGCGCGAAAUGGCCGGCAAGAGCUCCGGCGCCCUGGAUGCUCUCUUGCGCGGCAAAGACGAUGCACGCAACCUCACAAUGGUGGUGGACCCAGAUGAUGAUGAUUCCGAACCCGAGAACGGCUCGGCCAUGGAUGGUGGCUGA